AAGCGUCCUCACUCUAUACGCGAAGACAGUCUAUGUUUAAAGUCUCUGGACCGGUACAACUUUAUAUAUACACACGUAUAAAUAUAUAUAUAAAUAAAUAUACGUACGUGUGUCUGUGGUAUAUAAUUACGCGUGAAUGUACAUCUGACAGAGAAAUAUAUCAACGAGGACGAAACGACACUGACAAAUAUCUGUAUACAUAUCUAUAUGUAUGUGUAUUGAUAUAAAACUAAUUUCGCGUCUGUCCACUCGGUGCGGCAGUUCUAAUUGACAAUCGUUGAGAGACUGAUCGUUCAUCGCCGGUUACAUUUUCCGCUGCUUUAUAAUUCAUCGAAGAAUAAAAAAAAGAGAGAGAGAGAGAGAGAGAGAGAGACGAGCAACGCUUUUUUUCAUUCCUUCAUUCUGGUCUGGUUUAAGAACGAAAAAAAAGAUACUUUCGUUGACCACGUUUUUUCUUGUGCGCGUGAUAACCAGAACGAAUCGAACGUCCAAUUUUGCAUAAGGAAUCAUAACGACAUUUACUCUUGUUACGAGAAGAUCGAAGACAUUGAAUCCGGACGAAAUCUUCUCGUGUGAAACGUGAAUCUAAGGGUGCGGUAUUUCCGAUUUCACUCGACGCUGAAACUCGAUAUUCAAGAGGAGAAAAGCGAAAAAUCUUGAAAAUAUUUUUAAUAAAUAAGCAGUGACAAAAGAGAGAAGAAUAUUGAAAAUGGCACAUCUAAGGCUGCUCGCUGUCCUCAUCGUCGCCGUCGUCUCGUACGUGGCGCUCAUCGACACCGCGGCAGUGCGUUCCGAAGAAUUUUCGGAACAAUUGCAACGCAUGGCGUUCGACGUUGGGGCGGACAAUUUGAGGACCCAACGUGCCAUCGAGACCGGGGAAGAAGAACUUUCUCGACGUUACUGCAUCAAUACACCAUGCGGUUGGGCAGUUUACGCUCCGUACACGCGCACGGUCCGAUACUUCAUGCAAAAUACUUGCGAGUGUCCCGACGAAACGUUCGAAUGUGUCCGGGCCGACGACGAUCUAUCGGUGAGCGCGUACGUGUACCGCUGUCGUCAGAACACUACAGCCGCUGACAUCAAAUCACCGGAUUACGCCAAUUAAUAUGCGGUUUUACAUUACAUUUCUUUUUUCUCUCGCAUUAUUUUACAUGCAUAAGUAUAUAUUUAGACAUUUGGCUAGAAGACUUUCACAAUAUCGAGGUUAAGUGGGUAUAGAUGAUGCGCGUAUGAGCGAGUGAAAAUGCGUGCCGUAAUAAUUCAUAAUCAAGGGAUAUCAUUUGUCAGAACCGUAUUAAUUGGUGUGAAGGACAGCGAGCGAAGAGAGCACGUUCUGCAAACAGCAACAGAGAUUAAACAAAACCAAGAAAAGGGGAGAAAAAGCACGUGAAACCUUGCCUCCCAUUAGAUAAAAACGAUCCAAUCCAUAAUGAUUGAGACGACUGUAAAGAGGAUUUUAAUCUAAUGCGGUUUGAGUCGAGAGAACAAAGAUCCGGUUUGAAAAUGUGCUUUUUUCUCUUAACUCGCCAGGACUAAAGUUCGUUCAGCCCGACAACUAACUCAUCGGAUCCUCACAAUAACGCAAUGAAGAAUUCGAACAUCAAUCAUUUCACCUUUCAUCGAAAUCUUAUUCCCUUUGCUCCUUUGACUUUGAAAGGACUUUGAAAGCAAAUUUAAAAAACAAAUAUUUCAUUUAAUUGAGUACAUUUACUCUCUCUCUCUCUCUUUCUCUCUCUCUCUCUGCCCCCCUCGUUCUCCGGCGUUAAACGCACCGUUUGAGUGACGCAACGAGACCCGAAAUUGACGAAACGUGUGUGCUGCUCAAGUCGGCCCUAUGACGGAGCAUUGUGUCACGUGCGUCUGGCCAGUCGGAGAUGUCUCUUUUCAUGCUCCCGUUGUUAUGCAUGUACAGAUAUAUGUGUACGUGUUUGUGUGUAUAAACGAGUGUUAUACAGCACGCAUGACUCCAUCGCAUUGAACGAGGACCAACCUGGUCUACGUGCAAUCCAGUGCUACGUUAAUGGCGAACGUAUUAUUCGUUUUUCCAAUUUUAAAAUAACUCAAAGACUCGCAUCAAAUUUUUCAAUGAUUUCCAUCCCUUUUUUUGUCCAAUUUCGCUCUUUGGGAAGAAUGUUCGAGCGCGAUGCGAUUGAGUGGACGUGAAUUCUUCGAGUCUGAAAGUAUGAAAAAAACGUUGUAAAUUCGCAAUUAAUUGAAGAGAAAUCCGUCAAGCUGGUGGAACGUAAAUUUUUAGAGUCUGAAAGUAUGAAACAAGGUUGUUCGAGAUCCACAAUUAAUUGGAGAAAAAAUCUGUCGAGUUGGCGAAACAUUUUCAACGUUAAUCUCAAAAACGUUUCACUUUCUCGCUGUCCUAUCUCAUGGUCUGCAGAUUAUAGAGAGAAAGAGGAGAGAGAGAGAGAGAGAGAGAGAGAGAGAGAGAGAGAGAGAAAACAAAUAUUUCAGAAAGCGGGAAAAUUCACGAAAUGAGAAAUAGAUUUAAGCGAAAUAUCGCAUGCCCGAGAAUGUGGCCGAAUAAUACGAAUACGUGUUUAGUAUUUAAGUAGAACUUAAUUAUCGGUAUUAAUUGCUCACGUACAUAAACAAAAAAUAAGGAAUAAAUCAGCUGCGCGUUUGACUCACCGCUCGAUCAAUAAAAAACGUUGAAAUGGCAGGAUUCAUUGACUGGUAUUAAUUUGUUCAAAGGACAAAGAAAAUAAUGCAGAUUUCAUCGUUUGUAGAAACGCGCAGUCGAACUCAACUGACUCGAUCAUUACCAGCAUUCCCACGCGUAACGUAAAUUUUUUCAGUUGCACUUUGCGCCCUCCCCCGCCUUUCCCUUAAUUUUCACAACUCAAAAACGUUCACUGUUAUUUACCAGACUUCGAGAUCCUUUUGACAGCAAUUCUCGUUCACUUUCCAAUUCGCACCGCUUCCGAAAUUCCCACAACGAGGAAGACCAAAAACUUCAAUCCUUUUGUCCCGAAGCUUUUGCAGGCCCCACCGUCUGCGUUUUCCAGUCUUAUAUUCUUCAAUCCUUUCCCACGCUGCGCAUGAAUCCACGACGAAUGUACUUAAAGUAGGAAGAAAAGUCACCAGUAUACGUCUCCGUAUGUUUAUUUCGCGUUGUUUUUUUUGUAGCAUAAAACAUUUAUUUAUGACGAGGGAAAAAUGGUUAAUGUCGUUAAUCUUUACUUAAUUAAUGCAUUGUACAAAAUUCUGUAUGGAAUUUUUCGAGGCAUAUCUCUCCGUAGAUUGAAGACUCUAUUAUAUACUCGAACGUGACGGAGUUAUCGAAUAUUUGACUUUCAUUUUUUAGUACUUUACGUUUUAAAAAACCUAUCAAAGUAAGCGAAACACGAGAUUAAUUCCUAAACCGUCUUACGACGCUUCAUUUUUUCUUUACUAUUUCCGUUUCGAAAACAAACGAUUAAACAAAUCACUAAGUAUUGUUAUAUUCACUUUGAACCAACGUCGAUGUGACGUUUGUUAAAUAAUAAAGAAACAACAAUUGAAGAAGCUAAACAAGGCCGUCAUUUUUGUCCCGUCCGGGAUGUUUUUAUUUUUACCGAAUAUAUAUGAUGACGAAACAGACGACAGAGCCGUCAAUGUACAUGUCCCGAGACUCUACCGAGUCUCCUGAUCAAAACAAUAAAAUUAAAAGUCGAAAACAAAAAAAAUAAAGAAUAUGAUAAACGCUUGUGGAAAAACGCGACAAUGUGAAAGAACAUUGCGCAUAUACUCCGUCAUCCGUUUCAAAAUGAUACCUGAAUAUGUAAUAAAAAAAAAAAUAAAUAAAUAAAAAAUAAAAAAAAAUCGAAAAGACGUUGAAAUGGGAAGGGACGAUUCAAUGAGACAAACAAGUGUAGUUAUUACUUGUUAGCGUCAUAUCGAUUCAACGUAUAUAAUAGAGUACCAUUAUUAUAUAAAUUAUACAAAACAUGUAAUUAUUAUUAUUAAUUUUAUUAUUACUAUUUAUACUUUCAUUGUUAUUACUAUUAGGGUAAUUUUAAUAAUGGUAACUCAAACAAUUGUUCGAAUUUCUCAAGUUAUUAUAAUAAUAAUUAUUAUUAUUAUUAAUAAUGUUAUAUAAACUAACACCGACAAUGAUGAAAACAUUGGGAAAAAAAAUUCGUAAAGCGAUGCUCGAUAUUUCAAUAGCAUAUAUAGCAGUACAGGUUUUAGUUCAAUGUAUUUUUACGCAGUAUUUCACUUAAUAUUAUGUAAUAUAUGAAAAAAAAAAACAAAUAAAUUAUCUACUUAUUGAAUCGAGGAUGCAGCGAAAAUGAAAAUAAAUUUGAGAAAAUCA